CAUAACUACAUAAUUUCCCUCCUUAGUCCUUAUAAAUGUUUCUGUUAUUCUUACCUCCAUAGGUAGUUCUAGAUAUUAUGGCAUUUUCAUUCACAUUUAUGUUCCUGUUCUUGCUUCUGGCCCCAUCUGUGAUCUAUGCUUCUCCAGUUCAAGACCCUGAAUUAGUGGUCCAGGAAGUCCAAAAGAGCAUUAAUGGUUCAAGGAGAAACUUGAGGUAUCUUUCUUGUGGAACGGGGAACCCAAUUGAUGAUUGUUGGAGGUGUGACCCCAAUUGGGAAAAGAACAGGAAGCGUUUAGCAGAUUGUGGCAUUGGUUUUGGUAAGCAUGCGAUUGGAGGGAAGGAUGGUAAAAUAUAUGUGGUGACUGACCCUAGUGAUCACCCUGUGAAGCCCAAGGCAGGAACAUUGAGAUAUGGUGUUAUCCAAGAGGAGCCAUUGUGGAUCAUUUUCAAGCAUGACAUGGUGAUCAAGCUACACAUGGAUCUCCUCGUGAACUCUUACAAAACCAUUGAUGGAAGAGGAGCCACUGUCCACAUUGCUGGAGGACCAUGCAUUAAAGUGCACAAGAAGACCAAUAUCAUAAUUCAUGGCAUACACAUCCAUGACUGCAAAAGGGGUGGCAGCGGAUACGUGAGGGACUCUCCUAACAGAGUUAGCCUGAGUGCAAGAUCGGAUGGUGAUGGGAUUACAAUCUUUAGUGGAAGCCAUGUUUGGGUGGACCAUUGCUCCUUGUCAAAUUGUUUUGAUGGCUUAAUUGAUGUCGUUCAUGGGUCAACGGCCAUUACCAUUUCCAACAAUUACAUGACACACCAUAACAAGGUCAUGCUCUUGGGCCACAGUGAUUCAUUUAAAAAUGACAAGAAAAUGCAAGUCACAAUAGCUUUCAACCAUUUUGGAGAAGGGCUUGGGGGGAGAAUGCCUAGAUGCAGGUUCGGAUACUUCCAUGUGGUGAACAAUGAAUACACACACUGGCAACAUUACGCAAUAGGUGGGAGUUCAUCCCCAACUAUUUACAGCCAAGGCAAUAGAUUUCUUGCUCCAGAUGAUGAAAACCACAAAGAGGUGACCAAACAUUUUAAAUCAUCAGAGAGAGAGUGGAAGAAAUGGAAUUGGAUGUCUGAAGGGGAUCUAAUGUUGAAUGGAGCAUUUUUCACACCUUCCGGGGCAGGAGCAUCUGCUAGGUAUGACAGAGCAUCAAGCAUGGCAGCACGACCACCUAUGCUUGUUCCUUCAAUGACAGCAGGGGCAGGAGUGCUUAGUUGCAGGAAGGGCAACUUAUGCCACUAG